CCCCCCAGCGCGGCCCCUUCGCGCCGGCUGGCCCCGGGCGUCCGCCCGCAAGUGAAGAAUAUGAGACGAGGUGGUUGCUGAGUGAAGAAACUGUUGCCUCUGCUAUGGAGUCAGGUACCUGUGUAAUGCUCCCACUGGUUUCCUGCCUCCAUUCCCUGCAGCUCUGGACCGUCCUGCUUGUGGCCUUAGCAGUCUCUUCACAUGGCGUCUGGUCACUUCGUUCCCGGAGUCCCCUUGCUCCUCGGCCACUCUGUGCCCGUCGCAGCCCCUUAGCUGCCAGGCCUGUUUGCAUUUGGGACAAGAUCUCACCCUCAGAGAGAGACUCUCGCUUCAUCACACUGCGCCAGCGAUCUCUGAUGCCACGGGACGGGGAGCUGCGUCAUGUGAUGCGGCUGAGGCGCCAGGCCCCAGGGGCCCGGCCUGCCACCCCCUCUGGAUUUGAGGAGGGGCUGCCUUCAUCCCAGUACCCCUGGGCCAUUGUAUGGGGCCCCACAGUGUCAGAUGAGGAUGGAGGUGACCCCAACUCAGCCAAUCCAGGCUUCCCACCUCUGGGUUACACCUUUGUUUCACCACAUGGGAUGGCGACAGCACAACCCAACUCCCACUCACUGCUGCACAAUGCAGGGCUCAACCUGCGGGAGACCCCCGCCACGCUGAGGCCCUUCUUGUUUGGGCCCCGGGGGGAAGGUGUGGAUCCUCAGCUGUAUGUUACUAUCACAAUCUCCAUCAUUAUUGUCCUAGUUGCCACUGGGAUAAUAUUCAAGUUCUGCUGGGACCGUAGUCAGAAGCGGCGGCGUCACUCUGGCCAGCGGAGUGGGAUGCGGCAGCAGGAGAGUCAGCAGCCACUCACAGACCUGUCGCCCACCACAGUCAGCAUCCUGGGACCCUACGGAGACACACUGAUCCCAACACCUGAGACGGAGGAGCCCAGGCAGGUCCAGGAGGGUGUAGAGAAACUGGGGGGCCAGGGGAAGAGCAGGACCUUCCAGCUCAACCGGAUCCCACUGGUAAAUCUGUGAGAGCAGCGGAGCUGGCUUCCACAACCCCUCUUGUCACAUCCAGGGAGUGUUCUGUUGCCUCUGCUACACUAGGAAUGAUUUGCUUGUGUCACAACUUUCCACCACCAUCAUUUACUUAACCAUCCCAGGAUGUACGGGCAAUGGACAGACUGGACCUCACUGGUCCCAUGCUGCGGGGGAGAGGAAGCUUGGGGGUAACCCACAAGAUGAGGUGACAAAGGAGCAGGGGGCACAAGAGCAGUUGGUGUUGUGAAAUCUAAACCUCCUGACCCUCCCCCAACAUAUACACACGCACUUUGAUCUCUGAGGAUAACCCACCAGUGCAUGCCUAACAUGGGGGUAGGGGAGGUGGAGAGGCAGGGUCCUACCCCCAGUCCCAACCCCUCUGUUUGUUCCUUCCUGUGUCGUGUGCUUUGAAGUGUCUUUCUACUAGCUGGAGCUCUGUGGUUGCAGAAUUCCCAGCCUUAGGCAAGGAUUCCAAUGGAGUGGAGGGAUGUCUUCUGCUAAGGCCUUGACCUCUCCUGAGGGAUCCAGGUGCUGGCAGCAGCUAGUGGGGGGUGUUUGGAAGGCCUCACUCAGCACUUGCCCCCCAUUCCCUGGAGGAACCUUGCCUCUCCCUUUGUCAGUUCUGUCUUUUUGUUUUCUCUUUCUCCCAAUGUUCCUCCUCCUCUCUCUGUCUCUUCCUCUAUCACCUGGUCAUCAUCAUCUUCUCUCUCUCUCACUGGGAAAGGCUGCAGAAUAGUUUCCAUGUUCACCCUGCUUCCAGGCACUCACAUCUUUUCGACCCCACUUCACCAAGAUUUGGUCUCCACUCCAAGGUGAUGUUUUCAGAAAACUUGAGGCAAAAUCCUCUGGCCAUUUUGUGGUUCAGGAAGUAUGAAAAACAAGCCUGAGCAAGGUAACUGCCCUGCAUACAAUCCUGUGCAAGUCUUUUAUAGGGCUACUGCAAAAGCAGUUGAAGCAUGACACGUGGAGAUGAAUGGCUGGGAACUGGGGCCUUGGCUAGGUGUUGGGUGGGGAAGUGGUUUGGAUUUAACAAAGGUCUGAUGAUGGAUUCAGCUGAGUCUUCUAUCAGGACCCAAGCAUCCCAAAUGGAGUGAGGAAAGGGCAGCAUAGGCAGUGAGGGACUGAUGCCCCAGGACUGGGAAAGAAGGAACCCACCCUGUCCAUGUUGCAAAAGGGAGCAGUUCAGAAGCCACAUAUGGGAAUGUUUUGAGGGUGCUAUAUACCAUUCAGUUAUUCCUGGACUGCCCCCAGCCUGUCAGACAGCACUUGUGAGAGAUGGAGAGAAGGACAGACAGAGGUGGGAUAUUCACAGGCAAUUAGGAUGAGGCCAAAUACCUAGGACAC